GGCUUCACAUAAAUUAGCUUUCUGAAACUCACAAAUCAUAAGACACCCAACCCAGACAAAGCAAAUACAGAGCGAUUGGGCAUAAAUAGCUCUACUGAACUUAUAUGCACAAAUAAAUAAAUAGCCAAUUUUAAACCUGAAAGGAUUUGUAAUCAUUAAAUAACUUAGCUAUCUGGUUAGAUCAGAACUUAUCUGCAGGCUAGAAAGUCUGUUUUAAAAGGCAGAGUAAUGGCAAUAAAUCACCUUUCCCUUACCUAACUCUCUAGGUUAUCUGUUCUUACACUUAUCCUCAGCCCUAGGCAGGGUAUGCCCCUAGAUGCUCUACCCUUCAGGGGAAGGAGGGGAUUAUCAUAGGUCAGAAGACUGUGAUUUCUGCCUAAUGAGGAAAAGGACCCUGAGUGGUACUGGGGUGCUGACUUUAUUUUAGCAGUGGUUUUCCACUUUGGCUGGAUGAUAGAAUCAGUGUCUCUGGGGUGAGACUCAGGUGACAAACCUUUGCUAAGCUCUCCAGGUGAUUUCAGUGGGCAGCCAAAGCUGAAAAUCUUCUGUCUUCAGGCAGUAAGUCUUUUUUUAAGUGCCCAUCAGAAUCACCUGGAGAGCAUGUUAAAGUUAUAAAAAGACAGGUCCCACCCUCAGAGUUUCUGAUUCCAUAGGUCUGGGGUGGGGCCCUAUAAUUUGCAUCUUUAACAGGUUCCAUGUGAAGCUGAUGUUGCUGUCCCACACUUUGAGAACCAAUCUUAAGAAGCGUUUGACUCUUGUUAUAUACUGGGGUUCUGCUGCGAAUAGGGCGGUAAGGGGAGGGAUGAAAAUAGGUAGAAGCAGAGGACGGAUACCACUAGGUCCCCUCUGCUCAAAGGUAAAGUUUACUGGGAUCUACCACUGCAUUGCUCAUCGCCUAUUCUCUGAGCCUUUAUUUCACAGAUUGAGAAAAUAAAGGCUCGUCCAAGAGUCAUAUGGCCCAAAGCUUAACCGCCUCGUUUUAGCUGGCCUCUUCGCUGGUGCAGGGCAACCUCUUCCCGGCCUCUGCACCACUUCUUGAGUUACCUCUGAUCAACUCGUUAACCCUUCUCUCCUCCCUCCCCGCCCCCAGCGUCGUGACGUGGUUGCGAGGACAACGUGCGCCCACGUUCAAAGCGCGCAGGGAGCCGUCCUCAGCCGUGUACCGCGUGCUGGGCGCUGCACAGGCGUGAGGGGCAAGGCGCAGGAGUCACCGGCAUGGACUGUGUCAACCCGGUGCCUAAACUCUACAGAUCUGUAAUUGAAGAUGUGAUCGAAGGAGUGCGGGAUCUAUUUGCUGAAGAAGGUGUAGAGGAACAAGUCUUAAAAGACUUGAAGCAGCUCUGGGAAACAAAAGUUUUGCAGUCUAAAGCAACAGAAGACUUCUUCAGAAAUAACGUCCAUCCACCUCUGUUCACCCUUCAGUUGCCACACAGCUUGCACCAAACAUUGCAAUCAUCAACAGCAUCGUUAGUUAUUCCUGCUGGUAGAACUCUUCCCAGUUUUACCACAGCAGAACUGGGCACCUCAAACUCUGUUGCAAACUUUACUUUUCCUGGUUACCCUAUUCAUGUACCAGCAGGUGUGACACUACAGACUGCAUCUGGUCACCUUUAUAAAGUCAAUGUACCAGUUAUGGUGGCACAGACUUCUGGAAGAGCAGGUAUUCUUCAGCAUCCAAUUCAACCAAUAUUUCAGCAGCUUGGGCAGCCUUCAGUAAUACAGACCAGUAUUCCACAAUUGAACCCAUGUCCUCUUCAAGCAACCACUGAAAAAUCACAGAGAAUGCAAGACGUACUCCAACAACCUAUAGUUCUUCAUUCUGGGACAGUGGAGAGGAAACAUUUAGAAAAUGCUACCAGUGAUACACUUGCACAUCCUGGAAAUGAGCAUAAAAUCAUGUCUGAAGCUUUACUGAGUCAGCUGGAAAGCCCUCAGUAUAUUAGCCUUCCAGGUGUUGUAUUUCCUCCACAGGUCUCUCAGCCAGAUGCUAAUGUGGAGCCAGUACUCAGUGUUUCAGCCUGCAUGACUCAGAAUCUGCAUGGUGUGCCCCUCUCUACAGGCCCUCAGAGGGCUCAGCACCAGCACUUGCCUGACGUUCAGCCUUGUGUUCUUAAAAAUAGGGUGUGUGGAUGUGAUUCUGUAAAGCAGACAAGAACUACAGAGGAGCCCAGCAGCCUACCUGUCUCAGAGAAGGAUUCUAACUCUCAGAUUGAUUUAAGCAUUCAGGUAACUGAUAAUGAUAUUAAUGAGAUAAUUCAGAUAGAUGGAACCGGAGAUACAUCUUCCACUGAUGAAAUAGGAAGUACAAGAGAUGUGGAUGAGAAUGAAUUUCUAGGGAUUAUUGAUGCAGGAGACCUGAAGGUACUUGAAGAAGAAGCUGGCAGUAUAUCAAAUGAAGAUUCAACUGCCAACAGUAGUGAUAAUGAAGACCCCCAAAUAGACCUUGUGGAAGAGGACCCUUUAGAUUCUGGAGAUGAUGUUAGUGAGCAGGAUGUGCCAGACCUGUUUGACACGGAUAAUGUAAUUGUCUGUCAGUAUGACAAGAUUCAUCGAAGCAAGAACAAAUGGAAAUUCUAUUUGAAAGAUGGUGUUAUGUGUUUUGGAGGGAAAGACUAUGUAUUUGCAAAAGCCAUUGGUGAUGCAGAGUGGUAAAACUUACGAGGUCAAGACAUCAUAAACAUCAGUGGGACUAUAUCACAUACUGUUUACUCUAUGGAAUUUAAUAAAAUUUAAUUCAGAUGCAGAUACAAA